ACGCCUCGACCAAUCCGCCUCGCUGUUCUUGUUUGUCCCGCGACGCUCUCUCUCUCUCUCUCUCAGUCAACAAACACACCAUCUCCCUCCUCCUCCUCCGAUCUCCCCCAGAGUCCGUGCUCCUCAAUCCAAGCCCACGCCCUAUUUAUACACCGCAGUCUGCGGACCAGCACCAUUCCAAGGGAGGCAAAUCCAGGGGUGGAGCUGGACUGAGCUGCGCCGCGGCAGAGAUGGCCUUCCUCGCCCACCUCCUGCUCCUGCUGCUCUCCGCCUCUACCGCGGCCGCCGGGCAGCGGACCCUCCCGGUCUCAGCCUACGAGCCGCUCUUCGACGCCUGGUGCGCGGAGCACGGCAAGUCCUACGCCUCCCCCGGGGAGCGCGCGGCGCGGCUGGCCGCGUUCGCGGACAACGCGGCCUUCGUCGCGGCCCACAACGCCGCUGCCGGCAACGGCGACGCGUCGUACACGCUCGCGCUCAACGCCUUCGCGGACCUCACCCACGCCGAGUUCCGGGCCGCGCGCCUCGGGGGGCUCGCCGCCGGCCCGCGCCUCGCCGGCGGGGACCGGACGCCGGCGUCGUCGGACGGGGCGUUCGAGGGCGCCGCGGUGCCCGACGCGCUCGACUGGAGGCAGAGCGGCGCCGUCACGGGCGUCAAGGACCAGGGCAGCUGCGGUGCUUGUUGGAGCUUCUCAGCUACAGGUGCCAUGGAAGGAAUAAACAAGAUCAAGACAGGGUCUCUCGUCAGCCUUUCUGAACAGGAACUAGUUGACUGUGACAGAUCCUACAAUUCUGGCUGCGGUGGUGGGCUCAUGGAUUAUGCUUAUAAAUUUGUUGUUAAAAAUGGUGGAAUCGACACGGAGGAGGAUUACCCUUUCCGUCAAGCAGAUGGAACAUGUAACAAGAACAAACUGAAAAAGCACGUGGUAACAAUCGAUGGCUACAAGGAUGUACCUGCUAACAAGGAAGACUCGUUACUACAGGCUGUUGCCCAACAACCUAUUAGCGUAGGAAUAUGUGGCAGCGCUCAAGCGUUUCAGCUAUAUUCACAGGGAAUCUUUGAUGGUCCAUGCCCAACGUCUCUUGAUCAUGCAGUGCUAAUUGUGGGAUAUGGUUCUGAAGGUGGCAAGGAUUAUUGGAUUGUGAAAAAUUCUUGGGGCGAAAGAUGGGGAAUGAAGGGCUAUAUGUAUAUGCAUCGAAACACUGGCACAUCCUCAGGCAUGUGUGGGAUAAACAUGAUGGCAUCGUACCCUACAAAGACUAGCCCAAAUCCUCCUCCUUCACCAGGCCCUGGUCCAACGAAAUGCAGUGUUUUUACCUCCUGCCCUGAAGGAUCCACCUGUUGUUGCUCCUGGCGGGCAUUGGGAUUAUGUCUUUCCUGGGGCUGUUGUGAACUGGAAAACGCAGUUUGUUGCAGUGAUAACCGUUCUUGCUGUCCCGCGGACUAUCCUAUAUGUGACACAGCUGGGGGGCGGUGCUUGAAGGGCAAUGGCAACUUCUCCAGUAUAGAAGGGAUUAAGAGGAAGCAAGCCUUUUCCAAGGUUCCCUCUUGGAAUGUUGCGACAUUCCUCGUGGCCUUCUUGUUCCUGCGAUCCUAUAAAUUGCCAGGCCGUUGUUUCUUGAGCAUCCAGAGUGGCAACGCAAAGAGCCCCAUAGUUGUUGGGCCUUGGGGAGGGAUUGGAGGAUAUCCUUGGGAUGACAGUGUGUACUCGACGAUACGCCAGAUUGUGAUCACUCAUGGUGCAGCUGUCGACUCAAUAAGAAUCGAGUAUGAUCUGAAAGGAAAUUCUAUCUGGUCAAAGCCGCAUGGGAGUACGGAAGAAGGGUCUGAUACAGAUAAGGUGAAGCUAGAUUUUCCUGGAGAAAUUCUUGUGUCUGUAAGUGGAUACUACGGAUCAGUCUGUGGGAGUCCAAUUAUCAUAAGAUCACUAACAUUUCAGAGCAACCGUUCCAAGUAUGGUCCUUUUGGCACGGAAGAUGGAACACCUUUCUCACUUCCAGUGAGCAGUGGCAAGAUUAUUGGUUUCCAUGGAAGGUCUGGGUCGUACCUCAACUCAAUUGGCUUUUACCUGAAGCAAGUUAAUGUUCCAAAUCCUUCAAGUUAUCCAGCCUCGCCUCAAAGUCAAAGGCCCUCAAGUGCAUACAGCAGAAAUGGUUAUAGUGCUGCUGAGGGUGGUAUGGAAGAUGACAUGGUCCUUGCAGUGAGGGAUCGAGGUGACAGCUAUGCUGCUUAUACUAGCAAUUACCCCAAGCAGCAGUACUCAUAUCCAUCUCCAAACUACAAUGAUGGGGCUCUCUUGAAUAAGAUGGUUUCUUAUCCCAGUUCUUACAGAGCAACUAUGAGCAGCCCUGAGACGCACGGUCCAUGGGGCGGUAGUGGUGGCACCAUCUUCGAUGAUGGCACAUACACCGGUGUGUGGCAGAUCAAUUUGACCCGUGCGGUUGGAGUCACUUCUAUGAAGGUACUGUAUGAUCGUCACGGGCAGGCGGUAUGGGGCAACAAGCAUGGAUUCAGUGGAGGAGUCUCGCCAGACAAGAUCGUGUUCGAUUUUCCAUCAGAGGUCUUGACUCAUAUAACUGGGUACUAUGGUCCAACAAUUAUCAUGGGCCCAACUGCGAUCAGAUCGCUCACGUUCCACACAAACAAGCGAAGAUAUGGACCUUAUGGGGAUGAGUACGGCACUUAUUUCUCCACCAGUUUUACCAAUGGAAGGAUAGUAGGGUUCCAUGGUAGGGAGGGCUGGUACAUCGAUGGCAUUGGCGUUCAUGUCCAGGAAGGCAAGGUGCCAUCUCAGAGAGCUAGCAGACCAGCAAACGGGAGGAGCCCGUCACCGAGCUACAACAUGCUAGCACGGUCACCAAGUUAUAUCGAUGAUGAGGUUCCUUAUAGCAUGGUGCAAGAACCUGUCCCGAUGGGACCGGGGCCGUGGGGCGGGGAGGGAGGCCGACCAUGGGACGAUGGCGUGUACACUGGCGUGCAGCAGAUCUACAUCACGAGAGGCGCGUUCAUUGGCUCGAUACAGAUCCAGUAUGACCGAGGCGACCAGUCAGUGUGGUCGGUGAGGCACGGGACGAGCGGCCACAUCACCCACAGGGUGAAGCUGGACAGCCCGCAUGAGGUGCUGACGUGCGUGCGUGGCUACUACAACACCGACAGGGAGGAAGGGCCCCGAGCGCUGAGGUCCAUCACCUUCAUAAGCAACCGGGGCAAGUACGGGCCGUUCGGGGACGAGGUUGGGACACAUUUCUCGUCACCGGCGACGGCGGAAGGAAAGAUAGUGGGGUUUCAUGGCCGGAGCGGGCAGCACCUGGACGCCAUUGGCGUGCACAUGCAGCACUGGCUGGGGGACCAGCGUGCCGCCCCCAAGUAUGUCCUCUCCAAGUACCUCUUCUGAAGUUCUGAUCCAGGAACUUGGUUGCUAGUUAGCCACACAAGAAUCAAUUAUUUUUUGGAUUUGGAAUUGGAGACAGAGAAUUCUUUGUAACAAAUUUUGGCUGUGUGCAUCUCGUGAUGCAGAGCUGGAAGAUAUUUUAGAAACUAGAAAAUAUGUUACUGCGCGACGGUCCUGAAUACAUUGUUUCACCCUGUUUUUGUCA